AUGAAACGAGUAACUCUCCUCUGUCCCUAUGAUUCUGAGUUUGCAUGGGUUUCUUUCGAACGGAUUCGUCUGGUUUGCUGUUUGAUGAAAAUCAUGCUGUUUUCAUUGGAUCAUCAAUUACUCGUUGAAAACUUUAUUAUAGAAUACAACGAAAAUCAUGACCAAGUGAUGUGUUUCUUGCCAUUUCUUCAUCCACAAUACCUAAAGUUUAUAAAAUUUAUAAACUGUAAAUCGAGUCAUGCAUAUAUUGGACCAAUCGUGAAUCUUCCACAAGUAAUUCAAUGUAGACGAGUCGUAUUCGAUGGAUUUACAUGGGUUCCAAUGAAAAACUUCCAGCAUUUGCCAGGAGUUUUUCUUAUGAACACGAAAUUUGAUUUUAAUGAUACAAAUCGUCUCAUUCAGCACUACUUUCAACAUGACACUUUUGAGUAUUUCGGGAUGAAAGGAGUAAAGGAUAACUGGUUUCCAGAGGACUCCAAUACUUUUAUCGAUGACAAAAACAGGAAAUCAAUGAUAGUAGAAGGACCGAAAUUCGCUAUCAAAAUAGUUCAUAAAUUGGAGAAGAAAACUAUUAACCAUUUGAAUGCUUUAAUCCUUCUGGAUUCUCCUGGACCACCUGGCUCAUCUGGGUCUUCUCCUCCACAUUCAUUAUUGAUUAUAAGACUUGUUGGACCAAAAAUUGCUCCCUGA